AUGAUUGAGGGAAUGGUGAAGGAUGGUGUUAUUGAACCUUCAUCUAGUCCAUGGUGUUCACCUGUGGUGCUGGUAAAGAAGAAGGACGGCAGCAUGCGGUUUUGUGUUGACUACCGCCGCCUGAACGACGUUACGAAGAAGGACAGCUAUCCCUUGCCUAGAAUUGAUGACACGCUGGAUAUGCUCACAGGCGUAAAGUGGUUUAGUACGCUGGACCUGAAAAGUGGCUACUGGCAGGUUGAAAUUGACCCUAAGGACAAGGAGAAAACUGCAUUUUCCACAGGAAAGGGUCUGUCGCAAUUUAAAGUCAUGCCGUUUGGAUUGUGCAAUGCUCCAGCAACGUUUGAAAGGUUGAUGGAGCUUGUACUUACCGGGCUAAUUGGAGAUGCCUGUCUCGUCUAUUUGGAUGACAUCAUCAUCGUAGGCCGUACGUUUGAGGAGCACCUUCAAAACCUGGAACGCGUGCUCAUGAAGAUCCAGAGUGCCAACCUCAAGUUGAGUCCAAAGAAGUGCUCACUAUUCAAACGGCAAGUAAGUUUUUUGGGGUAUGUAGUGUCGGAAGAAGGUAUCCGCACGGAUCCAGAGAAAAUUGCUGCUGUCAAGGAGUGGCCGGUCCCAAAAGACAAGACACAGGUUAGAGCAUUUUUGGGUUUGUGCUCUUAUUAUCGGCGAUUUGUGAAGAACUUUGCAGAUAUAGCCAAACCUCUGCACAAGCUAACCGAGGAGAAGCGACAAUUCUGCUGGGAUGAAAGUUGCGAUAUUGCAUUCCAGGAGCUCAAGAACCGUCUGUGCAAAACACCUAUUUUGGGGUACCCUGAUGCGGGCAAGGAAUUCAUAGUUGACACAGACGCAAGUGAUAUAGGACUUGGCGGUGUGUUGUCUCAACGGAAUGGUGAUCAAGAUAUUGUGAUAGCGUACUUCAGCAAGUCGUUGUCAAAAAUCCGGAAGGACAAGUUGCGAGAUGGAUAG